AUGGCCCCACUCCUUACAGCUCAAAAAGCAUACGCCGCGAAGCUCGAUGCCAAAGGCAAACGAAAAAUGGAUGAUAUUGAUGUCGACGGUGACGACGUCCAGCAACCUAAACAGAAGAGGAACAAACAACGCGUCUUGCUACUCUCCUCUCGGGGUAUCACCCACCGCAUGAGACAUCUCAUGAACGAUCUCGAGACUCUGCUACCUCAUGUAAAGAAAGAUUCCAAACUUGAUUCGAAAUCACAGUUACAUCUCCUGCCCGAGAUAGCAGACCUGAACAAUUGCAAUAACACGCUCUACUUUGAGGCAAGGAGACAUGAAGACCUGUACAUGUGGGCUACGAAAACACCAAAUGGGCCCAGCAUAAAAUUGCACGUUCAAAACGUGCAUACGAUGGAUGAGCUGAAGAUGACCGGAAACUGUCUAAAAGGAAGCAGAGGAAUUCUCAGCUUUGACAAAGCGUUUGAUGAAACGGAGUGGGGCAAGCUUACCAAAGAGGUUUUCACGCAUAUCUUUGGCGUUCCCCCACUAGCUCGGAAAGCCAAACCGUUUAUCGACCAUGUCUUAACCUUUUCUAUUCUCGAUAACAAAAUCUGGUUCCGGAAUUUCCAGAUAAUGGAAAAGGAUCCAUUGCAGCCAAACGGCCCGCCUCAAACGUCUCUCGUUGAGAUUGGCCCCCGAUUUGUGCUGACGCCCAUCCGUAUUUUUGAAGGAGCCUUUGGUGGCGCAACCAUUUAUUCCAAUCCUGAAUUCGUUACGCCUGCUUCCGUGCGCUCAGUAAUCAGGCAUGCCAGAGGUGACAAAUACCGUCAACGGAAAGAAGCUCAGGAGGAGACAUUGAAGAGAAAAGUACUUCGUAAGAGGGACGAAGAUGCACUGGCAGUAUCCAAGGUGUUCGCGUAG